CGUCACUACAAACCAUAUAUUAUAAAAUUGUACAAAUUUCUGUCUCUUUCUCAUCCUCUACUACUUUGCCAUUAUAUUUUCCACUUUUUGUUAGUUGUUGUUUCUUCUUAUUCCAUUCACUCUUAUUGUACAAUGAAGAAAUUUAUCUUGAAAUUGGAUUUGGGAGAUGACAGAGAAAAAAGGAAGGCCUUGAAGAUAGUGGCUGCUCUUCCAGGGAUUGAUGAAAUUACGAUAGAUAUGAAAGGUAAGACGUUAACGAUAAUAGGUACGGUUGAUCCGGUGAGCGUAGUGAGCAAAUUGCGCAAGUUUUGGGCAGUAGAAAUGAUGUUAGUAGGACCAAAAGAGGAACCAAAGAAAGAAGAGCCUAAAAAAGAAGGAGAAAAAGAAGACAAGAAAGAAGAAACAAAAAAGGAAGAAGAAGAGAAGAAGCCAAUGGUACCAAUAGGUAUGGUAAUGCCAUAUAGACCUUAUUAUCAUCCUCCUCCUAUGCACACAUAUUACCAAGUUCAUCAUCAUAGCAUUGAAGAGAAUCCUAAUGCAUGUAUCAUUUGCUAAAAAGAAAAAUUACGAAUCGAAGCGAUAAAAGAUUGAAUAUG